GGCAACCUCUGCCUAUAAAUUAAUGUGAUACAACUUAUACAAAUUCACUAAAUUCCUUCUACUCAUUAGAACUAAAAAGAAAAUGGAUUCAAAGCUUGCUCACAUCAUUGUUUUCUUUCUUCUUGCAACUUCUUUUAAAACUCUCAUGGCACGAAAAGAAAGUGAUGGACCAGAAGUCAUAAAACUUCUAAAAGAAUUUGAAUCCGAAUUUUGGUGCAAAGGAAAACAAUUCUGGCCAGAACUUAUUGGUGUUCCAGCAAAGCUUGCUAAGGAAAUAAUUGAGAAGGAAAAUCCAUCCAUAUCUGAUAUUCCAAUAUUAUUGAAUGGUUCUCCAGUCACAAUGGAUUUUCGAUGUGAUCGAGUUCGUCUUUUUGAUAACAUUUUGGGUUAUGUUGUACAAAUUCCUACAGUGACUUAAUUAAUGGACCUUAUUAUUGAAGUAAUUAAGCAGCCACAUGUUAAAAAAUAAUAAUUAGGGUCCAUGUUGAUUAUAAUAUCUCCAUGUACUCUUACUAUAUAUAUAAUGGAAUAAAUAAGUGUUGCUUAAUUAUA